ACCGCGUGUCCGGCGUCUGUGGCGGAGCAGCUGCUUCGUGCAACUCUCUCGUUCGCUUCAUUCCGCACAGGACCGGGCACGAAGUAACAUCGUUACACAUUUCUCCGAGUAUUCGUUUCGACAUUUAAAAAAACAUCGGAUUUAACCGAAGAUUCGACCAAUAUCUUAACGGGUCUAUAAACUUAACGGAGCUUCAUAUCCAUCGUCGAUUUAAUCUCACGAGUGGUCAGUGCUCAUCUCAAGAAAUUGAGGAUUCGCGGGAAAAUCGUGAAUCGAACGGCGACAUGUUUACCGAGAAAAAAUUAUCGACGAUUUUACUUGCAAUCUCAAUCGUCGUCGCUUUUAUCCAGGUGACAGAGUCAAGGCCACGGAUGCGGCAUCAUCGGGAUGAUUCGAGCUGCAGCAGAUGCGCUCCUGGUUGGGGGGUGAUCAAUCGUUGUACGAGUGAGCGUGACACCAAAUGUGGCAAAUGUCCUCGAGGCACGUACAGUCCGCACCACAACAUCCAGCCGUGCUGGAUAUGUUCGCGGUGUGGGCCAGGAUUGUACGAGGCUGAGCCUUGCUCGAGCGGGCACACGGACACCGUUUGCGACUCUUGUCACCGUUCGGCUCCGGAGAACCCUGAUUAUCGAAGAAAAUGCAAAGAUUACGCGAAGGAAGUUUUCCUGGCGCCGGAGGACGCGAGUAACACAGGGGAGGAAAGCCCGCUGGUCAACGAGCCCGAGUUUUCCGGCAUGAACGAAGCGCAGCGGGAGCACGUUCUCGAGGAAGACGCCGAAUCCCAGUUAUUCGAUUCCUCCAAAAACUCAAUGCAGCAGCAGCUCUGAAUUCGCCUGAAAAUAUCUCACAACCAAACUAAAAAAUCCAUCUAAUCGACCCCUCCGCAAAAUCAGAAUAGCGAACACCCCAAAACCCGUUUUUCGUAAAACACCCAGAAAAUCUCCACCUUUAACCAAACCGGUGCACCCAUUUCCACCAAUAUUUUCAUCCUGACGACGAUCCACGUGCGAAAAAAUCAAGCGAAGACGAUUCGCAGUGGUUGAUCGUCAACAAGCCUAGUCAAAAGCUCGACGUGGCGUUGCACGAUGCCCAAAUUCUACAAGGAAUAAAAGAGAAGAGCAAACCACGUCGUAAAAACAAUUAAAACAGCAGUGUACAUAUUGUAUUUAUUUUCAACAUCGAUCGGGAAUUACACAGCUUCGUAACUAUAAUCAUUGAUUCUCCAACCUCGUAAAUCCAACAUCAGCGAACAAAAUGUUUGGAUCUUGAGGUCGUCGCGUAUCCUCCCGAUCGAGUUUCCCCAUUAUUUCAUCACUAUAUAUAGUUAGUCGUCGUUGGUUAUUAUUCCUACACUAUUUAUAUAAUAAUUCAUCUAUUCAGCGAACAACGUGUACAGAAACGAUCAGCUUCGCACUCUCGUUUAUCAUUAUAUAUUAUAUCGAUAAUUAUAAACUAUUCAUUUGAAUAUUAAUAUUAUUAUCCACUUUAUUAUCAAUGUUAGCAUUCGUCUCUCUUUUGGACUAUGUAAAUAUAAUCGAUGACAUAUACAACGGUUUUUUUUUUCUUUUUUUUUUUUUUGUAUACAACCAAAGAUCUUUACUCAUCCUCGAAUAGAUUUCUGUGUACCUACUGUAUGUACUACUAUUCGUAGUGUAAUGUUACAAUGAAGAUAUUUUUCGAGACGAGGAACAUUCGAAUGUCUAUUCUUCAGGGAAAAUGCUUUCGCGAUAGUGAUAUUGCGAGGGUUUCUCGAUCCGACUAUAUAAACGCAAAUCGUCGUUAUAUCCUAUGAUAACAAUAAAGCAGUUUCGUCUUGCGUGUAGCGAUUAACGAGUGCAAACGAUCGCGUGUGUUUCGGGCACCUACUCCUUGACUCUUGUAAAGCUCGUACAAUCACGUCAUCGUUUUUAUCGAAUAUUAUUUGUCAAAGUUUCAGGGAUUGGAAAACAGUCGUUGAAACGUUGAAUUUGUAUGGCUUUAAGGUAUUUUCAAGGGGAUUGAGAAAUCGAGAUGUUUAUUUAUUGUUCCUCGAGCCAUUUUCACUUAAGACGACGGUUUUUGUGCCAACGAGGAUCCUCGCAUAUUGGGGAAUAAAGAGGCGGAAAAGUAUGAAGUUUGAACUUGGCUUUAACUUCCUGUCAAGAGGAUUAUUCUACGAGGAGCAUGUGCUUCGUUCACGAGGGGAAUUUCACACUGAGGAAAAUGGAGGGGAAAUAUUUGUUUCGGGAAACCUUUGAAUUUUUGGGGAGGAAGAAUGAGACUUGAAAAGUUGGCGAUUAUUUAUCGAAUUGCGGGAACGCCAAAUCGUAGCAUUCGUUCGAUCUCUUUUGGACUUGAUAGGGAGCGUGAAUAUUUUUUCUUCGUAGUUAUACUCAAGCUUGGGAUUAUUGACGCUCAUCGAGAGACACACUCGUCCCAGCAACACUUAUUCUGUAAUUUAUUUAUCAUUUUAAGAUUACGUGUUAUCGUGUAUAUUUUAAAUAUUGUUAAAGAAGUUUACGAUUAACUCGUAGGUACGAUGAUUUUGGUUCAGUCCCGGAGACAACGGGUUCAUUGUACAGUUGCAACCUAAACUAAAUAUUAUGUGAAACAUGAGAGAAAAAUAAAGCAUGAUUUCCACUCGA